AUGGGUCAGCCAGAGACAGACGAUACUCAACUUCCAGUCUCCCAUCAGAGUCAUCAGCCCCUUAAAACAAAACGAUUUACUCGCAGCCAGGUCGCCUGCGACUGGUGUCACUUUAACCAUGCCAGAUGCGAUCAGACAUUCCCCUGCUCGAGGUGUCUCAAUAAAGGAACGCGUUGCGAGUUCACGCGCGGCCGCCGUAAACGGGGGCGCCUGCCAAAGGUCGGCACUCCAGGGACCGCGAGGAUCGAGGGAAUCAACAGCUCGCAUACAGUCUCUUCUGCGUCAGAGGGGCGAGGGGCUUCAGUGACGCAGAGCCUCCAGACGCCGGAGGAUCCUCGUCCUGCUCCUGCUCAUGUUCUUAAUCAUCAAGAUCAGAUGCACGCACACGACGUGGUUAUCCUGAGUCCAGGUAUGGAAUACUUGUCGUCCGGGAGCAUCGUCUGGCCCAUGCAGGAAGCAGAGAAAAGUCCGAGUGCGGUGGGGAGUCUGUCGCCAACGCGGGGUGCGGUCUCUCCUUGUGCCGGCACAGCAGCCCUAACCGCCGGCGGCUCUUCGGCCCCUCUUGAUUAUACGAACUUCGCAGGCCUCGCUGAUCUCGACGCUUUUAUUCUUGCAAAUCUUGCAGCUGAACCUCCAAUUGCAACUCUCGAGCCGUAUUCAUCUUUACAGUACCCGGUCUUGCAGCCCCUGAUCCCCUUCAUAAGGGCAGAGCUCACUCCAGAGCUGGCCUGCGGCCUGCUCGAGCUCUACUUCACCAGCGCCUUUUCGACGCACAUGCACCCUGUCUGCCACAGUAUACCCUGCUAUGUGCUGCGGAAAGCCUCGUUUCUCAGCAGGACGAAUUACCGCCCAAGUAGCCCGGCGCUCCUGGCCAGCAUGUUAUGGGUGGCGUCGUCGGACGACCAUGCACUCGCCUCACCAUUGACUACUCCUUAUUGCCGGAAGAAAAUUUCGCGUCUGCUCGGGUCGCUUACACUGGACCUAAUGAGAUCGUCAACUCACACGCCUUUUGAUAAAAACGGCCACGCGGCCGCUGGCGGGACCGCCGGCUCUCCUGCCAGUCCAGACGCUUUCCGUGACUUUGCGCUGUACCUUCCGACAGUCAGUGGCGGCGUUCAAGGAUUUGGGUACUCUGUCGGGUCCUUGGAUGACGUGAUCACCUGUAUUCACGUCGCCUCUGUACUGUCACUGAAUGAUCAGAAUGCAUUCGAUCUGAGAUGGUGGCAGGCCGCUUUCACACUGGCGCGAGAGCUCCAGCUGAACCGGGAGAUAGAGCCGGGGCCGAGCAUAGACAGUCAAGGCGCAUGCUUUCCACACAGCCCUGCAGCCUCGACGCCGAAACCGCUGGAUUGCGUCUGCCGUCGGAGCUACGGAUCGACCGUCCUUAUCACAGAGGAGCAACGGGAAGAGCGCCGUAGGGUCUGGUGGCUGCUGUACAUGAUGGAUCGUCAUCUUGCCCUGUGCCACAAUCGGCCUUUGAUGCUCCUGGAUUCUGAGAGCAAAGGCCUCCUCCUCCCGCUUGACGAGGAAGCCUGGUGGGCGGGCGAGAUUCACAGCAAUAGUCCAGACUUCAACGGCCCCCAGUGCGUGAUGUCAGGAACGGGCAGUCUACGGCGCGUUUUCUCAGACUCUACUUGCCACGAUCCUUCACUGUUUGGGUUCUUCCUCCCUCUGAUGACUAUCCUGGGCCAGCUGCUGGAUAUCAAUCAAGCCAGGAACCACCCGAUGCUCGGUCUCGGUGUUCUUGGAGAAAAAACCUGGGAAACUAGGCUACAUGAAGUGCUCGGCCGGCUCGACCAGUACGAAGCGAGCCUCUACGGCUUCGUCGCAAGGUGCGGUGACCGUAAGUCACCGUCCCUUGCGGACGACGACACGGCACAUUGCUUGCACGUCCAGACACGGUUCUGGCUCGCAAAGACAGUCAAAGCCUACGCAUCAUAUUACAUCGAUCUGCUACACAUCCUCCAGAACGGCAAAUGGGAUCCGCGCUCGCUCGCGGCGGAUCACACCCUAUGGGCCUCGUCUCUGAACCUCGCCUCUGCUGUUCCGCAAGCGCUCAGGGCGGCCGAGUCGGUCAGACAGGUUCUGCAUUUCGACCCGAACCUCAGCUUUAUGCCGACCUUUUUCAGCGCCCAAUUGCUUCAAGGCGGCUUCUACUUUCUUGUCCUUCUUGAGCAACUGCAGGAUCAGGCAGGAGAGCCGUUCUUGAGUGCUUGCGAAACCAUGCUCAGGGCUGCCGAGUCCUGCACAGUCACUUUAAAUAACGGGUAUCUCAAGGGCUUCUGUCUGGUUAUGCGGAGUACUGUAGCGCAAGCACGCGGUCGUCCCAUCACCCAGUAUGAGGUUCGACAGCGAUGGAGUGCAAUAGCAGCACUGCACGCUUGGUCGGGGUGA